AUGCCGACGGAGCGCAUGAUGGAGGGGAGCAGCCGCUACAUUUCCAAUGCAUAUUUGGAGGAAUGCACCGAAUCGGACAAUAACGAACAGGUGAUAAGGAGGAAGAUAAACGAGUAUGCUUUCAAGUUAAAUAACGAAAUGGAACGUCACUCGAGCCAGUCCAUAUAUUGUGGAGUGGGUGGAAUUCUCUACAUGGAUAUCAUCCUCUACGAAGGGAAUGACGAUUACACAUUUUUACAAUUUGGAAAUAACAUAGUGAGGAAAAUAAAUUCCUACAGAGGGAAAGACGCCAUUAGUUUUUUAGAAGGACCCAGCGGAUUGUACAGCUUAGCUGUCAUGCUGCAUUACUAUAUGGAAAAUAAAUCAAGUGUAGAAAAGUAUAUACAAUUUUUGGUCACCUAUUUGAAGGAUAAAAAGGAAGAAUUGGUAUCCAUAAGUGGAGAGUGUGAAUUGCUAUAUGGAAAAUGUGGUUGCAUAUAUUCCUUCCUUUUAUGUAAAAAUGUGUGGAUAAAAUCGGAUCAUAAAUACACCAUAUUGCAGAAUUUGUAUAUUAUUAUGACGUCCAUUUUUGAAUAUGGCUUAUUAAAAGGUUCCACCAUGUGGAACGUAACGUCUCUGUCACUUUACUUCGAAUGGCAUGAACAGAUUUACCUCGGGGCUGCCCAUGGGUAUGCAGGCAUUUUCCUCGUCUUAUACAAAAUGAUCAUGUUUUUUCAUAACAAUUUGAAAGAGCUAUGCGAAGCGUUGCUAAAAGUGGACAGUAUCCCCACCCCAGAGGUAGAUGAUGAGGCAAAAUACAAAAGGUGCAAAAGCAACACCGUGGAAAAGCUGAAUGAAUACCUGUACUUGAUAUAUAAAGUAACAGACCAAAUCAUGGACCUGUACCUUACAGACAGUUGUAAUGUUUAUUCUUCCAUUAAGAAAAAUAAAUCACAAAAAAAAAAUGACACAUUAGUUCAGUGGUGCCAUGGCAACAUCGGCUUCGUCAUCCUAAUAAUUGAGUUGUUGAAAUGUCCAUUUGCCCCCAACUAUUUUGUCAAUAAAUAUAGUAAAGGAUAUUUGGAAAAAAUGGGCCUCCUCAUAUGGGAACGGGGGUUACUAUAUAAAGGGAUGGGACUCUGCCAUGGCAUACCAGGAAAUGGGAUCGCCUUCUUAUAUCUGUAUAAACAUACAGGCGACAGGAAUUGGUACAUUAAAGCCUUGAAGUAUGCCCUCUUUUGUAUUAAACAUUUUGAUCGAUUUUACGGCGUGCCAGACAGACCCAAUUCGCUCUUCGAGGGGUAUGCGGGGUUGGUCGUCUUCCUUAACUUUGUCUUGAAACCCGACUCGACUUACUUCCCAGGGUACGACAUCCCCCCCGAUUUGCUUCCAGUGGUGGGUUAG